UAACUCUUGAUCACAUGACACACCAGCCAUUAGGCAGUCCUGUCUCGCUCCCCGCUGACCCGUCACCGGCCCUCAUGUCCGCUGCGGUGAUAGUAGCCGCGGUCGUCGGCGGAGGGGUACUGCUCCUCAUGCGCCGUCUGUUCCCGCGUCAGAAAGCUGUGCAGCUCCUCCGGUAUCCAGCCGACACUAUGCGCGGAAAGACGGUCAUCGUGACCGGAGCUAACUGCGGGAUAGGGAAGGCCCUCGCCGGGGAGCUGCUGAAGCUCCACGCCCGGGUCAUCAUGGCCUGUCGGGACCAGCGGAGCGCCGAGGAGGCGGCUAAGGACAUCAAGAAACAAGCGGGAGCAGAGCAGGGGGAGGUGAUCAUCAAACACUUGGACCUGGCUUCUCUCAGAUCAGUCCGAACAUUUUGCAAAGAAAUCCAAGAGGAGGAAUCCAGGAUUGACGUGCUCAUCAACAAUGCAGGACUCUACCAGUGUCCCUACACAAAGACAGAGGAUGGUUUUGAAAUGCAGCUAGGCGUGAAUCACCUGGGUCACUUCCUCCUCACUCACCUCCUGCUGGACCUCCUGAAGACCUCGGCUCCCAGCCGCAUCGUUGUGGUUUCCUCGAAGCUUUACAAGUACGGCCACAUCAACUUCGAUGACCUGAAUAGUGAAAGUAAAUAUGACAAGGCGUUCUGCUACAGUCAGAGCAAGUUGGCCAACUUGCUGUUCACGCUCAAACUGGCUCAGGAGCUGGAGGGCACGGGGGUCACAGUCAAUGCUCUCACCCCAGGCAUCGUGAGGACCAGACUGGGCAGGCAUGUUCAAAUCCCUUUCCUGGCAAAGCCGCUGUUCUUCCUCGCCUCGCUGUUAUUUUUUAAGAGUCCAUUGGAGGGGGCCCAGACUCCUCUCUAUCUGGCCUGCUCCCCUGAGGUGGAGGGAGUGUCGGGGAAGUGUUUCGCUAACUGUGAGGAGGAGGAGCUGAUGGACAAAGCUACAGAUGAACAGGCAGCCAAGCAACUGUGGGACCUAAGCAGCAGGAUGGUUGGACUCGCUAACUGAGCAGAGUACUGUAAUGUGGACGGUAUGUGUUCUUGGUCCAAAAAGUAGCCCCACAGACACGGCUAUGCAGAAGAUGGCUUGUGAAAAGGCUUAUUAUAAAUAAUGAUAUAAUAUAAUGAAUGACAUGUUGUUCCAAUAAAGUGUGUACAUUUGUAAGUGAAAGUGUGCAUUGCAGUGGGUUGAGCAGAGAAUGUAUAAAGCUUUGAAUAAAAAUGUUAAAAAUGUCAAACAGAGAUGAAUCUCUUUGUGAAAUGAUUUCUCAUUUCAUUUACCUGCUCAUUAAUAACUUACCCUGUAAGAAGUCUUCAUCACGAGCAUGAAUAUAAGUUAAAGGCCAAUAA